CUUGCGUGCUGCACGUUUUAUGCCACAGCAAUUCGGGUCGUUGCCAUGUCAGUUGGACGGUAAACAGGUAGAAAAAUGAAUCCGAUCGCAGUGGACGCGAACCAAGCCUGAGCCCGACCGACUCGUGUGUCAAAUCAAACAGUAAAUUGUUUCGUGUGCGUGUCAAUUCUCCAUCGGUCCUGCACGGUGUCCUGGGCCGAACGGGUCCCGCAUUUCGUUCGACAAAGGAACGCAUACACACGGGGGCCUUUCGGGCGAUAAAAUAACGGGACGGCUGCGACGCAUGCUCCGUACGCCGGCACGAUCCUGGUGAUGAUUUUGUGUAGCGUCGAAUGAAUUUUUGUGAAUUUGACGUGUUGUUUUUGUUGUGUGUGUAUGUGCGGCGAAUUAUGUUUACGGGGGCUCCUGCAACGACGACGUUUUGAAUCUGGUACUAUGUACGCUGGCGGCGUCGUCAAUUAAUGAUCCGAUUUGUGACCGUAAACUCCGACUUGAUAUGAACCGCAUCGUUUACCAUGUAGGACCAACGUGUUCCGUAAUAUAGUGGAGUUUUUUUUCGGGGGAUAAUAUCGGUUCGUUACGCGAAACUGCAUGUAGGACUCGAUCGAACACUGUUGCGAGUGAAGCGAUUUUCUUUAGACAUGUACGCUAAAGGAAAGGGAUCAACGGUGCCGUCUGACGCACAGGCCAGGGAAAAGUUGGCGUUGUACGUGUACGAGUACUUGCUCCACGUAGGUGCACAGAAGGCGGCACAGACCUUCCUGUCGGAGAUACGAUGGGAGAAGAACAUCACGCUGGGCGAGCCUCCGGGAUUCCUGCACUCCUGGUGGUGCGUGUUUUGGGAUCUGUACUGUGCGGCCCCCGAAAGGAGGGACACGUGCGAACACUCGUCGGAAGCCAAGGCUUUCCACGAUUACGGAUUCGUUAAUUCUGGCUAUGGGGUAAACGGAAUUGCGCACAACACAGGACCGGCUCCGAGUCCGCUGGGCCAAAUGCCUCCUGCGGAUGGGAUGCCAGGUGGCCCCAUGCCCCCAGGAUUUUUUCCACACCGCAGUUUUCUGUUUUAUAAUAAAUUCAACUCAACUUUACGUCCAUCACCUCCAACGCACCCCUCAAGUCAACCUUCGCCCCAUUCACAGCCACCCCCGCCCCAUUCUCAGAUAAUGACAUGUCAGCCGAUAAUGGCGCCGAGAUAUCCGGCAGGUCCGAGGCCUGGAGUAAGGAUGCCGCAGAUGGGCAGCGACUUCAACGGGCCGCCAGGCCAGCCGCUGAUGCCGAAUAACAUGGAUCCCACAAGACAAGGUGAAGGCGGAGAGUUUGUAGGUUGGCAAGGUCCACCCGCGGCGAGGAUGAAUCCACCGAGGGGACCGUCACUGGGGCCCAUCGGUCCCGGGACGUACGGUCCCGGUUUGCGAGGACCCCCGCCAAACAGCAGUUUAGGUCCUGGCGGACCGAUGCCGCCGAUGUCGAUGACCGGCCCGGGCGGCAGACCACAAUGGCAGCCAAAUACGUCGACACCUAUGAACUACUCGUCAUCGUCGCCAGGCAACUACGGCGGGCCGCCGGGUGGUGGUGGCCAGCCGGGCCCCGGUACACCGAUAAUGCCCAGUCCGCAGGACUCGAGUAACUCGGGCGGCGAGAACAUGUACACACUGAUGAAGCCGGCGGUGGGCGGCAACAUGGGCGGCGACUUCCAGAUGGGCGGCGGUCCCGAAGCUGGACCUAUGGGACCGAUGGGACCGAACUCGAUGGGUCCGGUGCUGAACGGCGACGGCAUGGACGGGAUGAAGAACUCGCCGGCGAACGGCGGACCGGGCACACCUCGAGAGGACAGCGGCAGCGGCAUGGGAGACUACAACUUGGGCGGCUUUGGAGGACCCGCUGAAAACGACCAAACGGAAUCGGCUGCUAUUUUGAAAAUAAAAGAGAGCAUGCAAGAGGAGGCCAAGAGGUUUGAGAAAGACUCGGACCACCCUGAGUAUUUCAUGCCAUAACUCCCUCGCCUUGCCUCUCACGGCUGGUGGACGUGUACGCCUACGCCCAGGCCUCGGCCUCGGCCUUGGCUUGGCCUCUCUUCCUUCCUAACCCCUCUACUAACCCGGGCGGUGGUGUGCUCAGUGCUCAGCUCUUCCUGCAGCCGUCCCCUACGACUACACUAGUCAUGAGUGUUCUGUUCUGUUUGCAGAUUUUCCUGUGAGGCUGAGCUGAACCUGAGAUAGAGCGCCGUCGCGCCGUCCCACAACCAACACCAUACCACCAUUUUGGAUUGACACUGAACAUUCAUUGCCAGUUCCCGACUCUGUCUUCUACUCCUACCAUCCACCACUGACCAUUGACCACUGACCAUUGACCACUGAUUCACCAACCAAAUUCCGCCACCAGCCCUCCUGGUGUCCAUUGUCCGCCAGCCUAGGCUAGGUCGGAUGUAUUCACGGCGUUCUGUGUUUCUCAUCAACUACUUAGCCCAUCUACUUCCAACACAAUUCAGUUUCAAACAUUCUGCCUGGCUGUUUGACGAUUGAACCGCACCUUGGAAUUAGAUGUGUCCCUAGCAAGUGUCUACAUUCCUCCGUGGGGUAGAUUAAAGAUGGAACGAGGCAAGACCACUACCACCACCACCACCACCACAACCACUACUUCGAAAUCAUCACGAUCACGUCAACAGUGUAUUUUAUAAAUUUAUACGGGAUAGUUACGGUUCUUGUCUUUAAUCUGCCUCAGCCUGAUGACAUUACUACACCUCUUUAUGUGCAAAAAAGGAGUUCACUCCCAUGUAAUUAAUUACUCUCUAAUAAAUUAUGUUCUCUAUCUCUGUACCUUUCCCAUCUCUUUUUAAUUCUUUUUACUUAAGAUUAUAUAUUCUUUUAUGAUCUUGGACCGUCGUUAGAUUAAGCAAAACGAUUAAUUUAUAAAAUUUUGUUCUUAAAAAAAUAUAUACUUAAAAUUAUUAGAUUGUUCUUUUUAUGGAUGUGUGUAUGAAUGUGCUGACUGAAAUGUGAUAAUGAAAUUAUUGUGAAGAUGUAAGGAUUCAUUUAAUAUUGUUUUCUUUUUUUCUAUGGAUAAUAAAUAUUAAAAGUUUAUA